CUGUAACCGUGUGAGCAUACAGUUCUCCACCGAAAGGUUGCGCUGCAAACGACAGUACCACCAUUCCCUAGCUUCCUGGAGGCUGGGAGCAUUCACAUCUUUGUGCAUCUUUGUUCCCGGGAAUAUCAGUGUCCCGUUGGCGCGGUGGACAGUGACGUGCGAUAGGCUUGUGUGUGAAGAAAGCAACGAUCCUGCCACCGUCACCACCACUAACGGGUGGCUGUGGUUGAGCAGCUUCCCGUGAUAAAGACAUCGCCAAAAAUGCGAAAGAUCACCGUCACAGCCAACACCACCGCCGCUGCCGAGCGCAAAGCGGUGAAAAGUUGGGCGUAAAUCGCGCGGAAAAAUAAAGUGAUGAAAAGCGGUCCCCUUUUCGCCCAAGGUGCUGUGCUGCGCGGUCCCGUGUCCUGUGCGAGUUUGGCCGAGCGAGUGAGUGAGUAAACCGCCACCAGCACCAGCAAAUGAGUACAUAUUUAUAGGGCAAAAGCAGUGCAAAAAUCGUCACGCCCUGAUGGAUAAUUAUAAUUGAAAUCUCUUCGCCCACUCCCGCCAGUCCUUGGCCCGGUAACGAUAAGGCUUGCGUGGCGCGUUUUUGUGUUUGUGUGGUGAUUCGUGAAAGGGAAAAGUUUCCUCUUUUGUGAACGCGCGCGCGUGUGUGAGUGGUGUGGUUCUGUGUAUCUACCCGGUGUUAUUGCCACAGUAAGUGAGUGUGAGUCCGCCCGGUUGCAUUGUGUGUGCAGGCCCUCUCCCCCCUGUACAGCGCCCGGAAGCGUUCCUGACGAGACGCUGUUCGCCUUUUGGCACGCUUCCAGCCGUGAAGCACCGCGAAUUGCGAAUUGCCAUAAAUUAAAAGCAUCCCUAAUCUCUCUCCGGCUCUACUGGCGAACUCCGCCCGCCCGACGUUUGCGCUGAGCUGUUGCGCUUCGGGACAAACCGUCGAACAGUGCGUGCGUGAGUGUCACUAGCCCCUAAGGGGGAAGCAGAAAGCAGGGACCACAGCACCACACCGUCUCGGGUGGAAACGAAACGCAUCGGAACCGUAGCGCCGCACCACCAUGACGGAAGCGGACAACUACGACGACGAGCUCGUCUCGGCCAAUCCGAACCAGCGGAACUGGCGAGGGAUCCUGAUUGCACUGUUGGUCAUCAUCGUAGUGCUCGCCCUGAUCGUCACAUCCGUGGUACUGCUGACACCCCCGGACGAGGGUCCUCGUGUGAAGGGCCAACGAAUACGGUUGCAGGACAUCAUCGAUGGCGAGUACGCACCGAAGAAGCUCAACGGCAGCUGGAUUGGACCCGAUGAAUUCCUCUACCAAAACCACUGGGGGGAAAUCAGUUUGCUCAACAUGAAUAAUCUCUCCGAACGGGUGCUGAUGUCCAACACGACAAUGAAAACGCUCGCCCCGGUGAAGUUUUCCAUCUCGGCCGAUCGACGAUACCUGCUGCUAGCGCAAAACGUCCAGAAACUGUUCCGACACUCCUUCCUGGCGCAGUACACCGUUUACGAUAUCACCACCAGCGAAACGAUCCCGCUGACGAUCAAUUCGCAAAUGGAUGAAUGGCCGUACCUGCUGCACGCCGAGUUCACACCCAAGGGACAGUCCAUCGUGCUGGUGUACGAGUACGACAUCUACUAUCGUCCAUCAGCCCGGGCACUGCAGGCCUACCGGCUGACCAAGAACGCUAUCCCCGGCAUCGUUUACAACGGUGUGCCCGAUUGGCUGUAUGAAGAGGAAAUCCUGCACACCAACAAAGCCAUUUGGCUUUCGACCGACGGCCACCUGAUGCUGUACACCACCUUCAACGACACGCUCGUGCAGGAGCAACAGUUUGCCUGGUACGGCACGGCGACCGGUGACAUCAAUCUCUACCCCCAGAUUCGCUCCCUACGGUAUCCCAAACCGGGCACCAGCAACCCCACCGUCACGCUGAACGUCGCCGAUCUGACCGACCCGAAGAGCAUUCGAAUGAACAAGCUUACCCCGCCACCGAUUCUGCUCAAUCAAGAGCAUUACUUCACCAGCGCAUCCUGGGUGUCACCGUCGGAGGUCAGCGUAGUUUGGAUGAACCGACCCCAGAACCUAUCGGUCGUGACGCUGUGCAAAAGCCCGAUGUGGUACUGUCAGGAGACACACCGGAUUAGUGGCGAUGGACGCGGCUGGGUCGACGAGAUGUCCGUACCGUUCUUCAGCCUUAAUGGCAGCUCGUACAUUGCCAUCUCACCGUUGCGCGAUGGAUCCGCAGGACACUUCCGGCACCUGGUCCACGUACACAUCGGCAAGAAACGCAUCAUACCGUUGACGCAUGGUCGGUUUGAGGUUAAUAAAAUCCUCCACUGGGAUCAGGCGAAUAAUUUCGUCUACUACCUCGGUAUCCCGGAGCAUUCACCAGCCCAGCAGCACCUGUACCGGGCCUCCUCACUGCCACCGAAACAGGGCACCUCCCCUAGACCACCGCGCUGUCUCACCUGCAGCCAUCAGCACAGUGCGCACGCGCACGUCACGAUCAAAGCAUCGAACCGGGUGCAGCAACAGUGGAACGACGAUUGGGAGGAUAUCGAGGACGAGGAGGAAGAGUAUGUCGAGGAGCCGAUGACGACACCACCCACAAAGCGAAAGCGAAAACCGUCCGAGCCGGAAGUGGUAGCACCACUGCCGCCAAUGCCCUGCCAAUACUUUACCGCCGUCUUUGCGCCGAGCAAUAGCGAGUACGCACUGAUCGAGUGUCUCGGUCCGAUCGUACCGUUCAGCGCCAUCUAUCGCAUCGUGCCGGACCUGGCCAAGAGUCCGACGCAGGUGCUGUACUACCUGCAGAACAAUACGGCGUUGGCCGAGCGCAUCAACAAGGUGGCACUGCCGCAGGUCAAAUCCUUCCCGGUAAUGAUCUCGGGCGGAUAUCAUGCCCAGGUGCGACUGUUCCUACCACCCGGUCUGCGGGAGGAUGAAAUUACGCGCUAUCCCAUGAUCGUUCACGUAUAUUCCGGCCCAGGUACACAACUCGUCACAGACAAGUGGCGCGUCGAUUGGAACACCUAUCUCGCGGGCACGAAAGACUACAUCGUAACGCAGAUCGAUGGCCGAGGAUCGAGCGGUCAGGGCUACCAGCUGCUGCACGAAGUCUACCGAAGGCUCGGCACGGUCGAAGUGUCCGAUCAGCUUGAGGUGGCCGAAUAUCUGCGCGACAGUUUGCACUUUGUCGACAAGCGGCGGGUCGGUAUCUGGGGCUGGAGCUACGGUGGAUACACGGCAGCCCUGGCCAUGGCCAGCCCGACCAGCCUGUUCCAGUGUGGCAUCAGUGUGGCGCCCGUCACAAACUGGAAGCUAUACGAUUCAACGUACACCGAACGGUACAUGGGCAUGCCGAACGUUACCGACAACUACAAGGGCUACGAGGACAGUGAUCUGUCGAAGCACGCCGAGAAACUGCGAGACAAGCAGUUCCUGAUGGUUCACGGUACGGCGGACGAUAAUGUGCACUUCCAGCAGAGUAUGGUGUUCUCGAAGGCCCUCUCGAGCAAGGGAGCACUGUUCAAGCAGCUGAUCUAUCCGGACGAGGGCCACAAUCUGGCCGGCGUGAAGAAGCACCUAUACCGGUCGAUGACGCUCUUCCUCGAGGACUGCUUCCGGAAGCUGGUGCCGCUAGAUGUAAAGCCCGGCCUGGGCAAUGGUGGCUCCAGUGAUUAAUAUUUGCUUGAUUACUUCGGUGCUACUGAUUCAGCUUCAAGUUUCAUGUAAAAGUUUCUCACUCUUCUCUAGCAAAAUUGCUCCCUUUCUACACUUGCUCUAGCUCGGACAGCUUGUCUGCACGGGAAAUGGUGCGGCCAGUGAUGGUUACGCACGUGGUAAAACUACCAGGAUCAAAUAGGGAAAAGUCUUCCCGACAUUCUCCCACCCGAUCGAUUUCGAUCGUGCCGCAGCAACAUCAUCACACGCAGCGGAUGGUAGUAACGAACGAGACACCUCUCAGUGCCUGCCCAAGGCACCAGACCCUAACAAGAGCUUCAUGCGUAAACACACACGCACGCACCAGCCCGUGAAAGUAAGGAAAGGGAAGCGAAACAACAAAUAGGAAACAAUGCGUUACACACAAACUUGUAGUUGAGCCAAUUUCUGCGUAGUAUCUGAAGUAGGAUUUUCACAUGCCGAGUGACUUUCUCUUUCACUCGGCAGCACGGUAGAAACGAACAGGAGGGAACGGGAGAACGGGGCGGGCGGGUAGAAGCAAGCGUUACUCUCAGCUGGAGUGUCGGACCCGGCACAGCGCAGCGCAUAUCCUUUGCCGCCACAAUGCCCGGGCUGGCCCAGCACCCUUUGGGCCUCAAAAUUCAAACCCGCAUUCACUUGGGCGAGCAAAUACACUGCAUCAUUAAAACCGGCACCUCGCCAAACGUACGCUUGCCAUCGAGCGUACACCGAAGCGGCACGAGCGGCAUCACAGACGGAAAGCAAACAGUCGCGAAUUAUAAAUACCCCCGGUACACCGGUGUGUAUGUGUGUGUGUUAGAAUAAAGGGAAUAGAGUAUAACCGAGACUCGAGCAAGAUUCUGGGAACAUUCGUUAGAUAGUUGGCCGUGCAAUCGUGUCGCAGUGAUGUUGGCACGUUUUGGCGCUUCAGCGCUGUCCCACGGUAUCCCGGAAUGACUUUAAUUGCCUUCCCACUUGCAGUUUACUUUUGGACUAUUCCCAUUCACUCUCGAGUGAAAGUCAGACAGAUGAAAAGAGGAAAGAAAGGAAACAAACAAAUGUCAUCACUAGAACAAUUGUCUGCAAACAAAAUGGAUAACAAGAGCACAUGAAAAAGCAAGUAAGUUCUUAAAGAGAAAAUCACCAAACAAUACUAUAAUAGUAAACACAAUAAUGUAAAGCGACGACAUUAAAGAUAAACAAAACAACACAACAGGAGCAAAAAUGAGGACAAGAAAAAAUAAUACGGUUGUGACAAAUUAAAGCAAACAAAACACGAACAGCGUGCGACUGCGAAGAGUUCAGCACACGUCAUCGAGGUGGAAAUGAAUGCAAGCAUCACCUGCUGAGUGACGGCAUUGUCCGGAAGGGUCGUUGUCCUUUCUGCCACAUACAUACAUGCGAUACACGCUACUGAGCGGCGUCACCCUGGGCUGGGCAGAGACAGUGCAAUAUUAAAAGGUGUGCAGCAGCACCCAAAGGAAUUCGAGCUGACUCGCGCUGGACCCUUUCCCAACUAUCUUUCCCCAGCAUUAUGGUUUAUAGAGUUUAAAGCUAAACAAAACUGUACAUAUAUCAAAACGAACGUGUGAUAGUCGGAAUCAGUGCGGAAACCGCGCUGAAAUGGUGGUCUGUAAAAUCAACAGCAACAGACCUUAAAGCGCGUGCAAUAACAAUUAGCAAACCCGUGAGGGGUAAAUGAACACAAUCGUACAUUACCCUGUUCGAUUGGGCUUGGGUCGUGUUUGGGCAAGGUGGCGUCUUUUGGUUGAAGAAACGGUGUAUAAAAGUUCCCAUAGGAAUGUUUCGGAAAGUGAUGUAGUUAAUAACAAUAAUAUUAAUAACAAUAAUAAUAGUGGUGUUUGUAAAUUUAUCCCUAAUGAGAUAACAAGCAACAAGUUCCCGAUUCUUAUGCAGCCAUGUUCGGCGAGGACGAGAGAAGUGAUCCUUUUCCAGCCUCAUAAGUCAUAAUUCCUAUCAUAUUUCCUUUUGCUUUAUUAUUAUUAUUAUUAUUAUUAUUAUUAUUAUUAUUAUUAUUGUGAGUAUAUAAAAUAAUACUUAAAUCCAUUUACCCUUCCCAUACGGCUUUGCUUUUAACGAAUGCGCGUACAGCACUAUCUUCUGUUAAUGCAUUCAAGCUCAAGGUUUAAAGCAAUACAACUAGAAACAAACAAAAACAGUCAUAUCAACUACCACCUGAACAGUGUCGUACACACCAACUCAAAACAUCACAAAGUACAUUAAAUCGAUAUCUUUGCACACAAGCUCACAAGCUAGCCAUCUGUUUCAAACUGUUUGUUUCAAUUUCCUCCACAGAAGCUGCUCGCGAACAGAACGUUAGCCUAUGCGAAUGGGAAAAGCUAAUCGUACUGAUCUAUCUGAACCCAUGCGCCAGUGCGCCAACCCAGUGGAAUUAAACAGGGUUAGGCCCCAGUUGGAACUGUUUUUAUUUUCUCUCUUUCGCUUUCUCUUAUUUACACUCUAACCUCCCCGUUCUCCAGGGAAAUGGAAGGUACGGUGCGUAACCCGUUGUUUUAAAUUUAAUUAACACCCCGGAGAUGGUAUCAUCCCGGAAAGCCACCGGAUGGCCACAGUUCGUGCUGAGCUUUCGCCAACGGGCCCACACGAAUGGUCCUUUCGGGUGGCGCCAUUUUCAGGCAAAAAACCCCAAACAGACAACCAUCUGUUGAAACGAAGGACACUCCCAAGGACACAUACACACACACACGCACAAACCCACCGAGCGGAUGUGGGUUUUCCAAUUUUCUCCGAACCAUUGCCAUUCUCCUCCAAACCUUUCCAUAUUUGGAGGACACAGAUUUCAUGGGUGUUAAAUUAAUUUACGAUUAUGAUUUUGCUCGAUUUCACACAUUUGCCAACCGCACCACAACAACCGAGAGUGGUUGUACGUUUAGGGGAUGUGGAGACGGGUUGUACAUGGUACAAUUGCCAAUUUCUCGUACCGGGGACGUUCCAUUUCCUCUUCUCGGUGGUUCUCGGGGCGGU